GGAGCCCAUCAACAUCUCAUCUUCGCCACUCUUCCCCGCGCACUUCUAUCGUUAGCCCGCGCGCCGCGCGUGCGUGCUCUUACUGCCACCAACAGCGUUGUUGCCGCCCUGGCAUCGGCAGCCGCCAAAAUAACGAACAACGCCAUCCAUCGCGAUUUCCUCAGUGAUUUUCGCCCAGCGUGCCUUUUCGUCCGCGCAGCGUUGCCCGUUCCGCGCGAGUCCGUCCCAUGGCCCUCCGCCUCCACCCCGCAUUGCCCCCAG